GGUCAUGUGACCAAGUCUGUGUGCAGGGGGUGUCAAGCACAUAUACAGUUAACUUAACCAAGAUGGUCUCAGAGCAUUAAGAGACAGGACCUGCGCUACUGUAUAUGUUUGCAUUUGGAUGCCCUGUAAGCAGCUAUCCAUCCGCAGAUGAAGGAAACUAUUUUCUGUCAUGUCUGCAGCUUUUCUGAUGCAUUUCUAACGUCAACUUACUGUCCUGCUUUUAUUUCCUGACACUUUUCUGCGUAUCCUCCUCUUCCUCUCAUCCUCACUCUCCCUGCAGCUGGAAGUGUUUCCUCUCUGUGCCGCAGAGAAGGGGGGAGGGAGGAAGUCACAGGCUGGAGACACACACACACACACACACACAUACAUACUUGUGUGGGAUGCACUAAAACUCUACAGUGCAGCAUCAGCCCCCAACAUCUGUAUCGCCUCCACCUCCCAUUUUCUUUGGCGUCCUCCGUUUUUUGGCCUCCUGUUCUUUAUUCUUUGCACUUUUACCUUCCCCCUUCUGUUUGGACUCAUUGUCCCUUCUGAAUGUCCCCUCCCUGAGACAGCCUGGAGGAGAGCGUGUCAGCUGGUGGGAUGUGGAGAUCGGGGCAGACCUCUCUCGUAGAUGGGGGUCCCCAACUCCACUGCUCCCCCUCAUCUGAGGACUGGACUACUUCUCCAAGACCAGAAACUCCAAGACCCGUUACUGAGCGCCCAAAAGAUACCCCUGCCUAUGACCUAUCUCGCCUCCGCAGCUCUUCCGUGGAAAUCAGAGAGAAGGGCUCGGAAAUUCUGAGAGAUGAGCUUUUAAAAGCCCAAAAGGAACUAAAGCUGAGAGAUGAGGAAUGUGAGAGAUUGUCAAAAGUUCGAGAGCAGCUGGAACAGGAGCUGGAGGAGCUGACAGCUAGUCUAUUUGAGGAAGCUCACAAAAUGGUGCGUGAUGCCAAUAUCAAACAGGCUGCAUCUGAGAAACAGCUACGGGAGGCCCAUGGGAAGAUUGACAUGCUGCAGGCUGAAGUCACUGCUCUGAAGACUCUUGUUAUCACUUCCACCCCAUCUUCUCCAAACCGUGAUCUGCACCCCCAACUCCAAAGCCCCUCAAAGAAUGCACUACGCAAGGGUCAUGCUCGGAACAAGAGUACAGGUUGUGCAGCUGUCGUGCCACUUGCUCCUCCUCCCCAGCCAGUCAACGCAGAGGCUAAAGAGUUUUCUACAGUACCCUCUCUUCUUUCAUUGCUUCUUUGUAUUGUCCCGGGAAAGGUUGUCCACUUAACCUACGAGCCAGGAUGGCCUCUCUCUGAUGACUCCUCUUCUUCCUUCCGCCAGGUGGACACCAUUCUAUACUCAGAGUUUAUGGAGUGGAAGGAGAACCCAACGCUUGACAAAUCCUGUCCCUUUCUGUCCCGUAUCUACAAAGAGGAUAUUAAACCAUGCUUAGACUUUGCAAAAAAAGAGUUGUCGGAGCAGGUUCUCAUUGCGGUAGAAGAUAACACGUUGUCAGUAGAACCUGUGACACAGCCAACACUACCCGUAGUGAAAGCUUCAGCUAUAGAACGUGGAGGACCCAGUGGAUCUCGGGUGGAGGUUUUAAUGAAAUGUGCACUCAGUGGUUUGUCACGUUCAUGUCGCCACCGGAUCAAACUGGGAGACUCUGGGAAUUAUUACUUCAUCUCACCAUCCUGCCGGUUCAGGAUAACAGCAGUCUGCAAUUUCUUCACUUACAUCCGUUACAUACAGCAAGGUCUGGUACGCCAAGACACGGAGCUGAUAUUCUGGGAGAUCAUGAGACUUCGGCGUGAGAUGUCAUCUGCUAAACUUGGGUUCUAUCCCUAUGAGCCAUAAUGGUGUCAGAAGAACCUGGACCUCCAGAACAACCCAAAUGAAAUGGCCAAACUGCUGCUGUGGGUUAAGUAAAAUAGGAAGGCUUGUGAAAACACAACUGGAUCUUGUGAACUGUGUGUUAAUCCUUCCCACAUGGUACAUAACUCAGCAAUUCUUGAGUUAAAACAUGGAAUGCACAUAUAUUUUCAGACACUUUACAGGAUAUUUUUCAGUGAUCGUGAUGUACACUAACCCACUGCAACUGAUCACUUAUUUGCUUGUUAAUGUUGGAAUUUGCACAAGGUGGAUCAAGACUAACUUCUGAUUGGUUGCUUUGGGUUCUUCUACACUUACACCUUUACUUCUCUGCUAGUAAGUAACCCUGUAAAUCACAUGGUGCUUGGCUGUAAGCUAGAACAUAGAGCUGCUUGCUAUAAAACUGUGUGAUAACACCUGCUUUGUGACAAAACCUCUUGUCAUUAGGGUGAAUUGCUGCUUGUUCUAUAUUCAUGAAAAUAGCAUCAAGGUCCUAACUGAGAAGUUCCCAUUUAGCUAUAAAGCCUUCCUUGCCCAAUUAAAAAAACUGUAUCAAAUAUUAUUUCAUUUGUACACCAGGAAAAAUAAAUCCACUUUGUUAAGCUAGCUAUAUACACGCUCUUUCAGCUGACAGCUGUUUUUCCUGAUCCCCGCUACAUAUGUACGCUCAACUCAGGUGAGUACAAUGUGCAUAGUAAAGAAGUCUGUUACUAUACUUCUAUGGCGGCGGUUAAACCUCUUGAGAACACAAGUAUCUUGCUGCUGAAAUCCAAAUGUCUAAUCCUUAUUUUCCCCAACAUUGGGGGAGUCAGCUGCUCUCACCGAAAUGAGGAAAUUUGUACGCCAUUCAUCUUAUGUAUAUGGACAGCUUUAGGCCUAGUGCAGGAUGUGAUGGGGUGAUACAUUUCAUACCGUUCCUUUAAGGUUCCUGGUGAUCUCAUAGAUGUAAUAGAAAUGUCCAUAUUCUGUAAUUUUCCUGUAAGUAAAAAGAAUAUAUGAAUUACAAAGUCCAUUCAUAUAUGGGAUAUAUGAAUUACAAAUGAUAUUCCUAUUCAUGGCCCAGUCUUGAAUAUGUAUUGGUAAUAUUGCUCCAGCUCUCAAAAACUACAUAGGUCAAUUCUCAGUUCUCAAAAGAGUUUGCCAAGGGCUUUCGGACAUUCUUCUAAUGUGAAUAUCCAGAUUUAAUUCAAGUCUUCCUUUAUGUAGACAUGUAACAUUAAUCCUUUGCACACACAAGUCAAUCCUCCUCACCACAGCCUGCUAUCUUCACACCAGCUUUCUGCUAUUCACUGUGACUUUCUUAAAGUAAAAUAUUUUUAUACUAGUCUUAAAAACCCUUCUCUUGACAUUCAGCCAGCACAGGACUAUUGUGCAGUCUUCAUCUCAUUGGUUUUGAAUGUGUUUUUUUUUUAAUUAUCCAAUUUUAGCAGUCAGUAUUGUACAUAAUGGACUAAGAUUGUCAGACAAAAAUGUCAAUUCUCAAUUGUUAUUGUGGUUACCAUGUACUUCAGUCUCAUAGCUUAUACUGCUAACAGAUUUACAAUAGUACCAAUGUAUCCAAGAUAAUAGUUGCUGGUGAAAAAGGUUACCGGUUUUCCAGAGAUUUUUUUAGGGGUUUAUUGAAAGGAAUUACCUAGUUUUCUUGCUGUGUCUCGUGGGA